CAUGCAGGCAUGUGCAUGACAGCUUCUAGAAUCUAGUGUGGAGCAGAUGUAAGCAGAGGGAAGAGCCGUUGGUGGCCAGAGGCCGGAGGGAUGCGGCCAGUCCGGGAGACGGGCAAGUUGGGAGGGCAGGACGGAAAUGGAUGAGGAAGAGUCUGAGGUUCAAGAUGAACCACAAGCCAGGACACGUUGGGUUUGUGGGCGCCUGGGCGGCGUCUUGCCUUCGGUGAGGAGAGCUGGUGCAGGUGGGGGGCUCGGACGGUUGGGUGCCGGGAGCAGUGGUUGGUCUCGGUCCCCAAGUUAUUUUUCUGUCGUCCUGCUGCGUUUGACCUGCCCCGUGUGUGGCCUUUCUGCCUUCCUGUCCCCACAGAGCCACGUGGGGGAAGCCCUGCCCCCAGAGAUGGUCACUAGACUGUUCGAGGGCAUGCGGAGGGCUGACCCGACCGGGAAGGCCACGGGGCCCAGCGCGCGCGUCUCCCAGGAGCAGUUCACGCUGUCCAUGUCCCACCUGCUCAGAGGCAGCUCUGAGGAGAAGAGUCUGGUGAUCCUGGCAAUGGCUGCUGCCACAGACGGCCCCGCGGAAGCCAGAGAGGUCCUAAGGUUUACAGAGGAUCUGGUUGGCUCUGUGGUGCAUGUGCUGCACUACAGGCAGGAGCUGAGAGGCUGGACUCAGAAGCAGGCCUCGGGCUCCCCGCCCAGGGUGCAGGCGCUGGCUGCUCAGCUGUUCUCCGAGCUGAAGCUUCAAGACGGUGAGAAGCCUCUGGGGCCCCAGCGGCUGGACUGCGACUGUGACCGCGCCGUGGUCGAGGCCUGGCUGUUCCGGGCCCCUCACGUGGCCACGUUUCUGAGCGUGGUCAUCCACCAAGGCUUUCGGCUCCUGCGCUCGUCCCUCGAUCUGGCCACCCUGCUCCCGGAGCGCCAGGUGGACCGAGGGCGGGAGUUUGCCAGCCUCCUGGACGUCCUCUCCGUCGCCUACAUCAACUCCCACCUGCCCCGGGAUCUGCGGCACCGCUGGCGCCUGCUCUUCGCGACCGCGCUCCACGGGCACAGCUUCGCCCAGCUCUGUGGGCGCAUCACCCAGCGGGGGCCCUGCGUGGUGCUGCUCGAGGACCAGGACGGCCACGUGUUCGGGGGGUUUGCCUCCUGCUCCUGGGAGGUCAAGCCUCAGUUUCAAGGGGACAGCAAGUGCUUCCUGUUUUCCAUCUGCCCCGCCAUGGCCGUGUACACCUGCACAGGCUACAAUGACCACUACAUGUACCUGAAUCACGGGCAGCAGACCAUCCCCAACGGGCUGGUAAGGACCUGGGCGGGGCAGGGCACGGCCCUGCAGGGCGAUGUCCAUCCGGAUGGAACCUACCUGGAUGUCCCGAUGUGCCGCCAGGCCCGCCCCCAAGCCUCAGGGAGCUGCGCGGUUGGUCCGUGCGCAUGCGUGUUCAGCUCGCCCUACCCCGGUCUCAGGCCCGAGCCGGCGCUGAGCGACCCCUGGGACAGAAUUUCUCUCCUGCAAAAACAGGGCUUUUGUUGGGGGCGUUUCCAGGGUUUGGGUGGAAAUGACCAGUCCGGCCAGUUUUUCUGGUCCUCAGAUGGUUGGUCUGUGGCCUUCGUGGCUGGAGAUGCUGGGGGCGGGGCCAGGCCAGAGCUGGGCUCCCGGACGCGUGGGGAGCUGACUGCACUGCGCUCCAGCCUGGACUCGGCCAUGGGGAGAAGAGGCCGAGGGUGAAGGCCGAGGGCGGCAGAGGGAGUGGGGCUGGGGGCGCAGGGCUGCGUGAGGAGCUGGGGGCGCGAGGGCAUGCUUGGUUUGGGUGAGAAAUGCGGCUCCUGGCAGCACCGGCCUGGUCCUGUACUUCGCCUCUGAAUGGAGAGCACGUCUUGGGGAACCGCAGCUCCGAACUAGCAGAGCCGGGGAUCCAGAAGGCGGACCCACCUUUUGAGCAUGGAGAGAGCCCUUGCUCCUUCCCAGGACCAUUGCUGCUCCCCUGGGGCUGCCUGAUGCGCCUUUUCCUUCCAGAAAGAGCAGGUGGGGGAAGAUGGGGCGAGGGCCUCAGAAGCUGCACCCAGUGGGUCCCCAGUGGUGGUCAUCUGCCAGUGGGGAGAAGCAGCCCUGAGGUUGCCUGAAUUUCCUGCCCUGGUGUCUGGGUCAGUGUUAGCUCCAGGCCCCCUGGGGCCUCAGGGAGAGGCGGUGGUGGAGGUGGCACCCAGAGGAAGCCACCGGAGAGGUUGAACAGCAGGUCUGUGCCCACCGGCCACUAGCUUAGAGCCGGUGGCGUGCCAGGUGGCUCCCAGCUUCCCCAGGGCUGCUUCCUCCCCUUCCUCCUGGUAUCAAGUGAGUGACAUCCUGGCUCCUGGGUCCUCCAGGUCUGGGUGAAGGUCAGCAUCCCCGUCUGGGGGCCGGACGUAGGUUCCCAGCGUCAAGUGCUGACCUCCCCUUAUUUUCCUCGCUGGGGUCUCUGGGCCUGACGGUCUUUAUUUUUUCGUCCUGUCACUAGCACUUCCUGCCAGUUCAGCCCCCUGAGAGAGACAUGGGUGGGAGUCGUCAGGCCACCUUGAUGGGUGUUCUAGUAACUUAUAACGUGAUACUUAAAUUGCACCAAUUUGUAUAUGCCACAGUUUAAAAAAAAAGGGAGUUCCCACUAUGGCACAGUGGGUUAAUGAUCCAGCUUGUCUCUGUGGAGGCACCAGUUCCAUCUCCCAGCGAGAUCUGGUGUUGCUGCUCCAGCUCGAAUGGAAUCUCUGGCCCGGGAACUCCCUAUGCCACAGGGGCGCCAAAAAAGGAAAGAAAAAAAAAAGAUAGAAAAUUGCAUUCCUUUCUCAGCCUUUGUCUCUGGCAACAUGGAGUUGGGGGGCCCGGGGGUGUCCAGUGCUCCAGACAGAGGAGAUGCAGGUGUCCUUCCCUCUACAGGGCAUGGGCGGGCAGCACAAUUACUUUGGGCUGUGGGUUGAUGUCGAUUUCGGGAAAGGACACAGCAAGGCCAAGCCCACGUGCACCACAUACAGCAGCCCCCAGCUGUCGGCCCAGGAGGACUUCCGGUUCGAGAAGAUGGAGGUGUGGGCGGUGGGCGACCCCUCGGUGACACAGCCGGUGAGUGCGGGGGUGUUUGUCCACUUUCUCAGCCUGGUCCCUUUCCUCGUGCAUCUGGAGAUGCUUAUUCAAGGUUGGUUUCCAGCAGCUGUGGCUGGCCAGAGAGGUGCCACUGGGUACCCAGCAUAGCCUGAGGCCUUUGGGAUCUGGGGGGGGUCUAGUAGGAAGACCCACGUGGGUGGGGCUCCUCCGCCAGAUGCGGAGGGUCUGGGCCCCUCCUGGUUCCGGGGUAUUGGACCCCCCUGCACCCCAUACUUCCCGACAAUGGCAUCCCAGGGUAGAGGGGACACUGUGGGGGAGGGAAGAGCCCCCACCAAGUUCUCCGUGUGGCCACAGUAGGAUCUAAUUCCACUCUGAUAAACUGGACACCAGCAGGACGUCACUGCUUGGUUUUGGUCCCCAGACGCACCCACUCUUCCCUCCUUCUCAAGGCCAAGAGCAGCAAGAGCAUUCUGGAUGGGGACCCCGAGGCCCAGAUCCUGCUUGAGGCCAGCGGGCGGAGUCGCCACAGCGAGGGGCUCCGGGCGGUGCCUGAGGACGACUGAGGAGAAGGCCCCAGGGCAGGCCCUCCUGCAGCGGGGUCCAGGCUCCCGACAGAGAGCCACCCGCAGACCCUCCCCCAUCCCGCGUGGGCUCCCCUGCGGUACAGAGCGUGCUGGUCGCGGCCAGGUGGUCCUGGAGGUGCCUCAUCGGAAGAGAGUAAAAGUCCUCUGGGGCCAUGACGGCCGUUGGUGGGUGCAUCUCCCCCCGAAACCCUCAGGGUCAGAUUGGCAGCUUGAUUCUUACCCUCGGCUCUGCGGAUGAGCCCUGCAGAUGCCUGAGACUUUGCACGCCUCUGGCAGUAAUUAAAUCCUGUGUUGAGGAUUGGCGUUCUUGCUGUGGGGGAGCGAGAUCCACUCGCUGGGGGGCCCUUGGCUCCUGCUCAGGCCUCCCAGUUAAAAGCCUUGGUGUUCCAUUUCCACUGGUAAGGGGAGGCGGUGUUUGGCUGUGAAUCGUGAGGCUUUGGGGAACAGCUUCCUAUGUCCUGGAAUUUCUUUCAAAGAGGUGUUAACAGCGUAUUAAUGGGCGAAAAAGCCAAAGACUUUGGAGGUAGCGGGGACACGGUCUCCCCUAAGGUUCCACGUCUGCUUUUCUCAGCUGUUUGUAAGAGCAUCUGUGCUGUGAGCCAGUGGGGAGCCAGGAGGUCUGUGGAGCAGCGAUGGUGUGGUUUUCUUACUGAUGAAACGUGGGGCCGUUCGGGGCCGUGAAGCUCAGAGUCCUGCUAAGACAUGUCCCGCCUGCCAGUGGAUGGACCAGCCUGGGCUCCUGACCUCCUAGGGUCACCCCCAUGCUGCUCCCCAAGGGCAGGGUGGGUCGUCUUGACAGCGUGGACUUGCUUUAAACGGACGGCAGUGAUCUGGAGACGCUGCGAGGACAGCGGCGGGCCGGGCCUCGGGCAGCACCACUGACCCGCGUCCAGCCCCUCGGAGGGGCCCGAGCAACGUCCAGAGACCCUGAGAAUCCUGGCAGGGCGCAGGGGGCUCAGCUCUUCUGUAGAUUUGACGAAAAUGCUGCCUGUUUGUAGUCUGUGCCCGGAUUUAUAAGCCAUAGGAAACGGAGCUGUUUGCAUCUUGCAGCUUCUGCAUUCUUUUUACCAGGGGGCUUAUCAAACUCUACGCUUAGCCCUGAGCACAAGGCCUUGAAACGAGCCUUCAGAAGAGGGGCGUGCGCUCAGAGCGUGCAUGACACGCGCACAUGGUCCUGAUUGAUUUUCCUUAUAAAAAAAAGAAGGAAAUAAUAGCUUUAAUAGCUUCUCAGGUACUUUAUGACCGACGGCCUGACUGAUGGGAAGCAGAGAGAGGCUCUUAGGAUCUACAGGUACCCUUGCCAGAAUCUGAAGAAUCAGGCCCUGAGUCUUCUGUUUGUUACGGGUUUUUUAAAGAAUAAAAAUGCAAUGAAAUACCUCACUCAUAAA